GGCGCGAGGGGGCCGCCAUGUUUUUGAGGACGCGGGUGUCGCACCGCUCGACCGCUACAUGACGGCGCCGACCCACCGCGAGGACGAGGACACCGCGAGCACGCACGAGGACUCCGCCUGGCCCAGCGCCGUCGCGACGCACCGCCGCCGCCGACGUCGCCGCCGCCGCCGCCGCCGCCGUCUCGCCUCGCCACGCCCUGCGCGGGCUCACGCCGGUUUUCCGCGCGAUGGCGUUUCUGGCCCACUGUGCGACGGGGCGGGCGGCCAGGGCACGUGCCGCUGGGCAGGUUGGGCGCUGCGGGUGGCGCAACCAGUGCAGGGCUGCGUGCGCGCACAGACUGACUGCGCCGGUCCCCGCUGCUCGGCUCUUCUUUGCGGACCCUGGGCGCCGCUAGCCCGUCUCAUGGGAUACCACUGCUCGUCUCGGCCAGGAGGGCGUUUGGAAGUGUUUCGCCAAAUGUGUGAAAAGAAAGAAAAAAACAUUACACGAAUGAGCAAUGUUGGUGGAGAUAGAGAUAUGGCAGUAUUAGGAAGGCAGCAGAAAACAUGGGGAGAAGAUAUACAGCCAAUAUCCAGUGGUGAAUCUCCGGGAUGA